CCUCGACUGGUCUUCAAGGAGAGGAAGGGUUGAUGAAUGCUCACUGAUCUUCACUGAAGCGUGGGCUGUUUUUCACUCUGUUCCAGACUGCUGCGUUUUUGUCCAGAGGAGCUUGUCCCCUGGUGUGUAACCCGACAGGCGUCUUAGUCACUCAACCGAAGCAGUCCUCCGAGAAGAGUCCACACACUUUGGUGACGUAAUGCCGCAUAGACUGUCCUCUGUGUGAGAGAGAGACACACUGCGCAUGCUCAGUAUCCUCCUUGUUCCAGAGGGAAUCAUCGAGCGGCUUCAUUGCUGGCGACAUUCUCAACAGUUCAUGAGCUGAAGGCAGUUCCUCUGCGAUCCUCGUAAUGGACUCUCAGAAAGAUGCUUUACAGAGGAUAAUUGCCACAUUAGCAAACAAAAAUGAGGAACUCCAGAAUUUCAUUGAAACGCUGAAUCACACUUUGGGUCGAGUUCAGGUCAACUCCACACAGGUGGUGUCGGAUUUAGAGGAGGAAUUUGACACGGUGUACUCCAUCCUGGAUGAGAUGAAGGAGAGUAUGACAAACACCAUCAAACAGGAAACAGUCCGGAAAUCACAUGAGCUUCAGAACCAGCUGACCCAAAGCACCAAUGCAUUAGAGAGUGCAGAGGAACUUUUGGAGUUUGCCAAUAAUGCACUGCACAUUGCAGAUGAGGGGGAAUUCACAAAGGCUGCCAAACAGAUCAAGGAUAGGGUCACAAUGGCUCCUGCCUUCCGCUUGACUAUGAAGCCCAAAGCCACAGAUAAUAUGACCCACCUGAUGGUGGACUUCAGUCAGGAGAGACAGCUUCUGCAGGGCCUCAAGUUCCUCCCUGUGCCAAGAGCUCCAGAGAUAGUGCUCGGGGACUGUCUGGUCAUAGAUAAUGAGGUGACCGUAACCUGGAGAAUACCGGUGGAGGACAGCAAGAUUGACCAUUACAUCUUAGAGUACAGAAAAACCAACCACGAGGGUCUGCCGCGUGUGAAGGACGAGCAGUGCUGGGAGGUGGUGGACAACAUCAAGACCAGUGAAUACACCCUACAAGGGUUAAGAUUUGACACCAAGUUUAUGAACUUCCGGGUAAGAGCAUGUAACAAAGCAGCCGCGGGGGAUUAUUCGGAUCCGGUCACCUUGGAAACUAGAGCGUUUAACUUCGGCUUUGACUCCACGUCAUCUCAUCUGAAUCUGAAGGUGGAGGACAGGAGCGUGGAAUGGGAUCCUCAGGGAGGAAAAGGAGUAGACAGCAAAGUCAAAGGGAAGGAGAACAAGGGCAGUGGAACUCCAUCUCCUAAAAGAACAUCAGUGACGCGCUCACCUGCCCCGAGAGGAGCCAGGGAUCGCUUCACUGGAGAGUCCUACACAGUACUGGGUGACACCAGUAUAGAGUCUGGCCAGCAUUACUGGGAAGUGAAGCCUCAGAAAGACUGUAAGUCCUACAGUGUUGGUUUGGCCUACAGAAACCUUGGGAAAUUUGACCAGUUGGGGAAGACCAACACCACGUGGUGUAUCCACGUCAACAACUGGCUGCAGAACUCAUUUGCAGCCAAACACAACAACAAGGCAAAGAAUCUGGACGUCCCGGUACCAGACAGCAUAGGAGUCUACUGUGACUUUGAUCGAGGCCAACUUUCCUUCUAUAAUGCUGAAAACAAACAACUGCUUCAUACUUUUAAAGUGAGGUUCACCCAACCUGUUGUGCCAGCUUUCAUGGUGUGGUGUGGCGGUCUGACUCUGUCUACAGGCCUGCAGAUACCCAGUGCAGUAAGAAGCUUCCAGAAGACAGAAAAUGGGCUGGGAGGAUCGAACAGCAGUAUAUCUCAGCAGGAUCCCUCAGUAGCCUGUGAUAUCUGCUUCUACGAUAAACUGCCUUCAGUAGACAGCUCCCUAAUGCCGUGACCCGAUUUCUCAAAACACCUGAAAAAUGAAUCAGGAAACCAUUCUGAAAACUGGACACACUUCCGAUGGCCGAGGCAUGUAGACUUCCAGAACAAAGAGAUCCUGGCCGCAGCUUUGACUGGCAGAAUUUGGAGAGACGUUUCCCUUCACGUUCCUAUGAAGAGAGGCCUCGUUCUCUUUCAUCAGGAGAUGUUUGCAUCAGGAAAGCUAGUCGCUUUAUCAGGGAAUAGUUGAGUGCACUUUCUUUACUGAUUUUAGUUUGAAUGAUGACAUGCUUCACUAGUUGAUUCUCAUAUUGUUUUAGUUUCGUUCCUUGUAGUGUGUGUUAAAUCCUUUCUAUGGUAUUUACUUUUUUACGUUAACUGUACUCUUACUGAUAUUAAACUCUGUAGAUCAUCCUUCAGCUGUUGAUUUUGAAACUGGAAAACUUUGCACAAGUGUAAAAAUGAUAAAAGCUGCUUAUAAUGUCCCCUCAUUGUCAUAAACUGUUAUUAUAUCUGGAUCAUUUUGGAUGUAGACUGUACAUUUUUGUUGUAAAAAUGUGUCAUCCUGCUUUGUUGAUUUUUAAGUCAUUUUAGGUCUUUUUUUUGUUGUUGAAUAAAUUAAGAGUUUGUCAUGCAUUUGUGCAGAAACUAAUAAUCAAAUCUCCAUCUGUUUCUAUGUAACAAUCCUUAAUGAGCUUAAAUCCAAACAUUAAAGCUCACCAAAGACUUC